AGUACCCUUGCCUAUUCAUGUGUUUUCAAAAAGAUGUACUAUUUCAGCUCAAAGAUUUAUUUCUUGAAAAGUGUUGGGGAACAGGUACAAUUUCCAGGCAGAGGACACGAUGCCUUGUUCUCUGCCUUUUCAAGUUUUCAAGUGUGUUACUCAAACAAUGCCUUUUCUGUACUUUUUUUUCUUAAUUUGACUGACGCACUCGUUUUAUGGUGACUCUAUUUCUUAGGUGAAUCAGAAAGUUCUUAAUUUAGUUUUACGUUAGACAAAACUUUUUCGGGCUAUUUGUAUAUUUUCUAGAUUUCUUGUGGUUUUGUAAACUUACUUUUUACCUUGUCAUAAAUUGCCUGGAAUCUUUUUCUGCUUGUAGAGUUCUGCCCCCAUUUUAACUUCAUAUAGAUUGCUGUGUUCAUUACUUUGAUGAUGGGCGCUGUAGCAUUAGGGAUUAUGAAUCAUUAACUGCAAUAUUGGAUGAGAUGAGAUGUCAAACUGCAGGUACAAUGGCUAUAUAGUUCUGACUGGUGCUUUCAUGCUUAUUGUUUUCUUAACAGCACCUCCAGCUCCUCCCACCCCGCCACCCACCCCCACCCACACCCUCUUUCCCGGAUCUGCUUCCUUGCCCCUGUGUUUCUCUCAUUGGUAGUUUGGUACUGAGAAUCUUUACCUCAGGAAUGGGAACAAAUUGAGUUGUUGGUGUUCUUUUUGCCAAUGAUUUGUGAAAUGGUUUCUUUGUCUUCAUUGGCAAAUUCUUUGUUCAUGUAAAACCAGAAGCAUGUUCUAAACUGUGAUUUGUGAUGGGGAGUUGUAUCAGCUAACUUAAUUUUCUGAGAUGCCCACCAGAUUGUGUUGUUCCUGACACGGAAGGUCCUAGAUAUUGCUUUGCAUAUAACCUUUUGUUUAUUUCCAAACUAUACGAAGUAGCAUGUCAAGCCUUCUUGACAUAGUUGCCCUACAUGUCUCCCUCAUCUUGUUUGAGGGACUUGGAUUCAUGGGGCAAGAAUUUGUUGGUUGAUGAGGUGAUGGGACAGGCAAAGCAUCUAUUCGUCCAAGAUACAAAGCAAAAUUUCAUGAUUACAUAAACUGAAGUAGCAGCGCUGUGAGAUCGCUUGAAGACCACUCUUUCUUAUUUCCACUCCAACCCCACUUUAUUUCCGGCGUUGAUCAGUGUUCAUUGUUUGAUUUACUGCACACCUGGAGAUGGUAAAAAGUUGUCUGACAACUGUACUUUCUCUCUCCCUUUGAUGUAAAAGAAGCAAAACUAACGCAGACACACUUUUGCAAACUUGGUUGGCCUCUGUCUGCAACUGUCAAUCUUUCUCAAACUUCCCAACACUCUCUUACCAAACUUUACUUAACUCUUAAAAACCACCAAAGCCCUAAUCUUGAAAACCCAACUUCAGUUUUAGUAAACAAAAAGACUCCUUUCAUUUGCUUAUCACGAGUUGAACUUUGGGGUGAUUUUUGAACUGGGUUUUGGUUCUUUUCAUCUGGGUUGUUUUCGAUUUGUUGGUUUUUUGGUGGCUGUUUACUGGUGGCGAUUAUGGUGAUGGCUGAGAAUGAGGCAGGGGAUGAUCACAAGGAGGUCAAGUCAUCAUGGAAGACUCCGGUGAUUGAUGGGGACAAAACGGCUGUUGCUACUGUUAUGGGGACCCAAUCUUGGCCUGACCUUGGUGGAUCGCAGCAAACACUCGACAAUCCUCAGCUUGCUGCUGAUGGGUCUACUCCAGCUCCAUCAGUAGAGCAGGGAGCAGCCAAGCAGCAGAAGUCAAAUGGGUCCAGAAACACCAAUGCUUCUCAUAAGCAUUCAUUAGCACGCCAUCAGAAGUCAGGCUCUAAGCGCAAUCCUAAUGCUGGACCUCGUUUUCCUGUACCCUUACCUUAUUAUCAACCUCCAAUGCCACCUGUUUUUCAGGCUAUGGUACCUCCACCGCACAUUGCAGUUCCUGGGUAUGCUUACCAGCCUGUCCCUGGACCUUUUCCUGGUAUUGAACCUCAGUUGGUAAAAUCUGGAUCUGAGACAACAAUGCAUGCCUUUGGUCCCCCGGUUCAAGGUAUUGAUGCCAGCAGAAAAAUGCAGCCUCCUCCACGAGGAGAUCCCAAUGCAUAUCCUGCCAACUUCUCUAACAGAAGACCCAACAUGCAAGAACCUGGUAGCCAUUUGAAUCUUCGCUGGAAUCAUCAACGGGCAUAUAAUCCUAGAGAGCCUAUUCCCAUGCAGCAGGGUAUCGAACUAAGACCUUUUGCUAGACCCCCAUUCUUUGGUCCAACUCCAGGUUUCAUUGUUGGUCCAAAUUUCCCCGGAGCUGUAUGCUAUGUGCCUAUUGCUCCUCCAGGCUCUAUAAGGGGACCACAUCCUCCACACUUUGUUUCAUACCCUAUAAAUCCAGGGACUGCCUUGUUCCCUCCAGAGAUAGUAACUUUGAGGGCCGAUAUAGUGAAACAAAUUGAGUAUUAUUUCAGUGAUAAAAAUCUUCAAAACGACCAUUACCUGACUUCCUUGAUGGAUGAUCAAGGAUGGGUUCCAAUCUCUUCAAUUGCAGACUUUAAAAGGGUUAAGAGAAUGAGUACAGACAUACAAUUUAUCCUUGAUGCACUGCUGAGUUCUAGUACAGUAGAAGUGCAGGGUGACAAGAUAAGGAGACGUGAUGAGUGGUCCAAGUGGAUUCCAGCAAGUUCAAAGACAACUUUGUCAUCAGAAGUUCAGGUUACUCAAUACCACAUUGCAGAGAAUGUUACUGAUUCCUGUGUAAAUGGUGAUGUGAAUGAAGAUAAUUCAGGGGAAACCUCUGAAGAAAAUGUUAAAGAUCCAUUGAAUAGUGCACACUUGGAGCAUGUUUCACCUGAGGGCAAUCCUGCAGAUGUAACAUGUAAAAGUAACAGCAAACAUGAAGCUGUACACGUUCUAUUAUAUGGUGAGGAAGAAGCAUGUGGUAUAAAUGGUGCUUUGAGCAGGAAAUUAAUUGCUGAUUCCCACAUUAAAUUCUCAGAUGUAGAUCAGUCAAAAAGAGUUGAGCCUGUAAGGUUUAUUGACCACAGAACUGAAAGUGUGGAAUUAUUAUCAAACUUAACAAUGCAAAAUGUUGCUGAACUGUCAAAUGAUUUCACAAACACAUUUAUGCUGGAUGAAGAGCUAGAAGUUGAGCAAAAAACACAAAAAACUCUUUCAGCACUUAACAGAAUGGAUGAUGAAGAUGAUGAUGUUGUCUACGAUCAGGAUGUUCAGAGACUUGUGAUUGUUACCCAGAAUAGCGGGACUGGUGGAGGAUCAAAAGCUGGUGCAAAAGAUUCAAAGUCCAUAUCUAGAGAGCUUGCUGCUGUGAUAAAUGAUGGUCUUUACUUCUAUGAACAGGAGCUCAAAACUAAACGAUCUAGUCGUAGAAAGAAUAACUUUAUUUAUGAGAAUAAAGAUGGAAAUCCAAGGUCUCCAAGAGGUGUAUCAGGAGUAUUAAAUUUGAAGACAGGUGAAAAUGCUGCUGGGAGCAGUAGUCUUGAAGAGUCUGGAGGAGCAAGUUCCCAAAGGAAGCAAAAUAAAGGUUUUCCCAAGCAACAGUCAUUCCAUAAGCAGAGAUUUUUCUCCAGCAACUUAAAAAACCAUGGAGCUAGUCGUAAUUCAAAUGCAAUAAUAUCAGAAAGUCCACCGAGUAAUUCAGUCGGAUAUUUCUUUGGUUCUACUCCUCCUGAUAGUCAUGGCCCUAGGCCUCCUUCGAAGUUGAGCUGUUCACCACGUGGAACUCUUUCUAGCAGUCCACCGGUUGGUUCCUUGCCAAAGUCAUUUCCACCUUUUCAGCAUCCAAGUCAUCAGCUGUUAGAAGAAAAUGGUUUUAAGCAACAGAAGUACCUAAAGUUUCACAAGCGCUGCCUGAGUGACAGGAAGAAGUUGGGAAUUGGUUGCAGUGAGGAAAUGAAUUCACUGUACAGGUUUUGGACAUAUUUCCUUAGGGACAUAUUUGUCCCUUCAAUGUAUAAUGAGUUCCAGAAACUUGCUCUUGAAGAUGCGGCUGCUAAUUACAAUUAUGGGAUAGAGUGUCUUUUCAGGUUUUAUAGUUACGGUUUGGAGAAGAAAUAUCGGGGUGAUCUUUAUAAGGAUUUUGAGCAACUUACCAUUGAUUUCUAUCAUAAAGGCAAUCUUUAUGGCCUUGAAAAAUACUGGGCAUUCCAUCACUUCCGAGACCAGAAAGAGCCCUUAAAGAAACACCCAGAAUUGGAUAGGCUACUGAGAGAAGAAUACCGGGGCAUCGACGAUUUCCGUGCCAAAGAGAGGAAUACAAGCACAAGAGAGGACAGCCAUUAUCUACCAAGUGAUGUCCUUGAUCCUUAGUGCCACUGAAUCCCAAUUUUGUAGAUCAACCUUGAUGACUGGAGGAGUUCAUGGUCUAUGUAUCAUUUGGUUUGAAUGCCAAGGAAAGAUGGAUUUUGUAUAUUGUACAUUGGGGGGUUGUACACCUCUGUGCGGCUGCUUACUCCUGAGGCUUUCCAUUAUUGUUUCUUCUUUUUUGGGCUUUCUGGCUACGAGGGUAUAUCUUUUUUCUUGAGUGGUCUGCAAGCUUGUAGAGGUGGUGCCUGUGCUUUUCUUUGAUCAUCAUUUUCAUUCCACUUCCCCCAGCAUUGUUGUACAUAAGGGAAACUGAAACUGAAAAAAAAAAAAAAAGUUGUUGAAACUUUGUGAAAAUUGAACAAUAAGAGAUUCAAUUUUUAUCCUGUCUGUAAUUCUUUUUCGUCAUCUCAUGUUUACCUUGCUAAAAUGCAAUAUCUAUCUGCUUUGCCCAGAGUUUGUCAACAUGUUACAUAUGUAGGUGGUAAGUAGGGCAUUCUAAUUGGCCUGUUUGAUGGUGCUUUAUGUAAAUAUUCCACGCUCAAAAUCCCAUAUUAGUUACGCAACAAAGUUGAGAGAUAAACUAAAAAAAAUAAAGGAAACUAAGAAAUAGAUCCUCAAGGUAACUUCAUGCCAACUUUACUGCCAAAACUGGUUCAUAGAAACCUUAUAAUUAUCAAUGAAAAAAAGAUAGAGAAAAAGAAAGUGCAUGCUCAUUAUACCCGUCUGUUCCUGUUAGAAAGAGUGGAGUAACGUUCAAUCCAAGUUCUAUAUCAGCUAAGUUCUUCAUAUGGUUUCUAACAUUCUGCAUAUCUUUGAUUAUCCACAGCAGAUGUUCUAGAAUCAGAAUAAACACAAUCACCCAAGAUUCACAUAAAAGGAUCUGUUUGAAAACAAUUAAGGUGAUUAUUGACCAUGGAAAUUUUGUGAGCUAGUUAGUCUGGUCAUGCUAAAAUGUGCUUCUUUUAACUGGCGCCAGGUUUCUUGCUACAAACUGUUAAGAUUUAUGUGAUUAUAGAUAUGAAUGUAAAAUGCAUGUGCUGGUAACUCAUUAGCCUUGUUAUCAAUAAAGAGCCAUUAAAAGAGUGAAAGUUUUGGCGGGAAAAGGAGUGCGU